AGGAGCUAAGGGAGCUAGGGAAGCGGGGGCUCCCCCUUCCUCCGCGCCGGACCGGGGUACUGAUCUAAACCAAAGGCGAUCAUCCUGCGGAGGGGAAGAAAGGGGUUCGGCGGGGAACCGGACUGACCCCAGCUCCUCCCACGGGGCCCUCCCCGUCCGGCCUCCCCCUCCAACAGUAGGCGAGGGCGGAGGGGCGGGAGGGCGUGGCGGCUACCAGACGAGGAGGGGGCCGCCCCCCAGCUCCCCAGUGCCAACAGGCACGCGUCCCUGGAGAGAGAACAGGGCUCCUGCCCUUAGAUCCCCCACGGGGACUGGCCCGCAGCCUGGGGAAGAAAGGAAAGGAAGAUCAACAAGGCAUGGUUGGCUGGGGUCAGGUGUGGAAAAAGCAUUAAGGGCUAUUUUUUUCUGCCAUCCUCCUACCCCCCAGGCAUUUGGCACUUCACACACACUUCGAGGCUUCCGGGACUCCAUUAUUCCUUUUUACCUGCUCCAGGACCUGCAAGUUCCAGGGGUGGUGUCUGUGAACAGACCUACGAGUUUCUGACCCUUCUGGUUUCUGUGCCAUGGCCACGCUGAGCGUCAAGCCAAGUCAGCGCUUCCAGCUGCCCGACUGGCACACUAACAGCUACCUGCUAUCCACCAAUGCCCAGCUGCAGCGAGAUGCUUCCCAUCAGAUCCGCCAGGAGGCCCGGGUGCUCCGCAACGAGACCAACAACCAGACCAUUUGGGAUGAACAUGACAACAGGACUCGACUGGUGGAGAGGAUUGAUACUGUCAACCGGUGGAAGGAGAUGCUGGACAAGUGUCUGACAGAUUUAGAUGCCGAAAUCGACACCCUGACACAGAUGAAGGAGUCAGCAGAGCAAAACCUGCAGGCCAAGAACCUGCCUCUGGACGUGGCCAUUGAGUGCCUGACCCUGCGGGAAAGCCGGCGAGACAUUGAUGUGGUGAAGGACCCUGUGGAGGAUGAGCUGUAUAAAGAGGUGGAGGUCAUCGAGGCCACCAAGAAGGCCUUGCAACAGAAGGUCAGCCAGGCCUUCGAGCAGCUCUGCCUCUUGCAGGAAGUCCGACAGCAGCUCAACUCCGACCAUCGAGGCAAAAUGGAGACACUAGAGAUCGACAGAGGCUGUCUCUCUCUCAACCUCAGAUCCCCAAACAUCUCGCUGAAGGUUGACCCCACACGUGUCCCUGAUGGCUCCACCACACUCCAGCAGUGGGAUGACUUCAGUCAGUUCAACAAGAACCGAGCGGAGGCUGAGAUGAAGGCAGCCACAGAGCUGAGGGAGGCCAUUGCUCUAACUAUUGCUGAGACCAACAACGAGCUUGAAGCCCAGAGAGUUGCAACGGAAUUUGCCUUCAGGAAGCGGCUGCGGGAGAUGGAGAAAGUGUACAGUGAGCUCAAGUGGCAAGAGAAGAAUACCUUGGAGGAGAUCGCUGAGCUGCAGGAGGACAUCCGGCACCUGGAGGAGGAUCUGCGCACAAAGCUCCUGAGCCUGAAGCUGUCCCAUACCCGGCUAGAGGCCAGAACCUACCGGCCCAACGUGGAACUCUGCCGAGACCAGGCACAGUACGGCCUCACCAACGAGGUUCACCAGCUAGAGGCAACCAUCGCUGCCCUGAAGCAGAAGCUGGCACAAGCACAGGACGCACUGGACGCCCUGUACAAGCACCUGGCCCGGCUGCAGGCUGACAUUGCCUGCAAGGCCAACUCCAUGCUGCUGGAUACCAAGUGCAUGGACACACGGCGCAAGCUGACUGUGCCUGCUGAGAAGUUCGUGCCUGAGGUGGACACCUUCACACGCACCACAAAUCGCACCCUGAGUCCACUCAAAAGCUGCCAGCUGGAGCUGGCCUAGCCUUGGAGGACUGCAGGAGGAGGGCAGGGUUGGGUGGGCAAUGGAAGCGGGGAGGAGAGAAUGAAUGGAAUAAAUGCAGAGGAUCUCA